AUGGACGUAUCGUUGUCCGGUGGGACCCUGAGGAGCUUCUACAGGUCCAUCGGCAGCCUCUCGAAGGUCGGGGCCGAGGUGCUCAUUGAGGCAGUGCGCGAUAGCGACGGCCAACGGAACGGCGGGCUGACGAUCAAGACAAUAAACACCGCCAGAUCCGCGUUCCUCUCCGUCACGUUCAAAUCCACUUCCUUCGAUGCCUUCAGCGUGACCGUCGCCGAGGGAACGUUGCAGACGGCGGUGUACGCUAAGCAUCUUCUCGCGGCGCUCAGGACCCAAAAGGUGGAUCGCGUCUUUCUCUCGCAAGGGGUUGACACUCCGGAUAGGAUGUCGAUACAGCUGGAGUGCGGCCGAGGGACUUUGAGGAAAACCUUCGGCGUUCACUGCAUCACCGACGUGGCUCAUGUCAGGGCGACGCUUGACCCGAGCACGAUGCCCAUCAAGAUCGCGUUCCGACCCAAAGAGUUGGGUCGCAUGCUGUCUCACUUUCAGUCGUCGCAGGAAGACAUCACCAUAUCGUGUGCGCCAGAGGAUGGCGCCGGAGACGUGCUUCGAGACGCGAACGCCCCGGCGACGAGGAACCUUAAGCUUUCAUCGUACGUGGAUCCAAACGCACCUGCCGGCCAGGCGCUUCAGACCUCGGUGAGCCUCGACAGCGGCGGGCAGGACGCGGUGCUCAGGUACGAACACGACGGGGGCGAAAAGGUUGACGUGACGGUGAACCUCAAGGACUUUCGCGUGAUGACGGGGCUGUGCGAGCAGCUCGACGUGGACGUCGCCGUCUACAUCGACUCGCCGGGCGCGCCGCUGCUUCAGUACCACCAAUACGGGCGUGGAUACGCGUUCGAUCCGAGCAACGUUGACUUUGAUGCGGAGCUCGUUCUGGCGUCGAUGCUGCCGCGGAUGGACCAAGAACCGUCGCAAACGCUAGGAGGCACCACGAGGGAGCAGAGAGCGGCGGAGACGGGACCACCGCCGCCGGUUGCGUCUGGGAUGGAGAGUGAAUUGACCGAGAGGUUCCCUCGGGGAGGUCGGGGCGACCCGAGUGUUGGCGCAGCGGCGAGCACGGGGAUUCCUGACUCCGUCGACGGGUCUCAGCCGGUAGGUAAGCAUCAGAGGGAGACGGUGCAGGGCCCGUCGAGGGAUGUUCAAAUGGCGUGGGCUCCGGGAGAGGUCGAUAACCACGGCGGCGAUGAUGAUUGGCUUGGAGAGUACGUAGAGGCGACGCCGCCGAAUCCGAAAAAGCCGCGGCACUGA